AUGGACAGACACAGCAGCAGCCAUACACCCUCGGGCGACGGCCAGCCAAGCACCGGCAACACGCCCCAGACGGCCUCGACCUCCCAGUCUGCCCAGUCCCAGCCUGCCACCGCCCCGGCUCCCGGCUCGGCGUCAAACCUCGUCAACUCGAAGCGCCGCCGCGGUCUCGGCGUCGUCACCCCAAAUGCAUGCACAGAGUGUCGAAAGAAGCGAGCCAAGUGCGACGGACAGAAGCCUUGCGGUCGCUGCAAGUCGCAAAAGGAUAUCGACUGCGUCUACGAGAUCCCCGUGCGCCAGUCCAAAGAGAACCUCCGCAGCGAAAUCGAGAAUCUGCGACAACACCAACGCUCCAGCGAUGUCGUCUUCGCCGCUCUCGUCCGCCCAGAUCUAUGGGAGGAAGUCUUGCGGAGGCUGCGCGGCGGCCAGCCCAUUGACAACAUUUCCGAAUGGCUCAACGGGACCAUGCCCGCCGGCACAGUCCUCCCCCCUUUGACAUCUAUCGUUGACCGCGAGCUCGGCCCCGGAUCCGCCGUCCGUUCCGUGGGGGCCGUCGCCGCCUUUGGUGGAAGCAGCACAGGGCCUGUCGGGGGCCUCGGCGUUGAAAACCUGAGCCCCCUGACGGCCCACCCGCCUGCCAUGAUGAACGAGCUGGGGCACAACAGCCCCUGGCACUUUUCUUCGCACAGCCAGGCUGGGUCUGUCAGGAGUGAAUCCCACGCGGAUGGCUUGAGCUGGCAGACCGAUCUCCGAGGCCCGCCGCAUUCCCGCGUCGGGUCCUGGGCAGAGAGCAUGCAUCACGAUCAGGCGUCGGACAGCAUGCCGAGAUAUCGGGGGCUCGCAGAGGUCCUGUCCCCCCUGAGCGAGCCGGGCUUGAGGUCUUCUGCCGAAACGUGGACCAAGAUCACGGGCGACAUCAACUUGGUGCAGCACCUGCUGGCCCUCUACUUUUGUUGGGAAUACCCGACGUUUGCCUCGCUCAGCAAGGAGCACUUUCUGCUAGAUUUCCAAGCCGGCCGCCAUCGGUACUGCUCGCCCAUCCUUAUCAACGCCCUGCUGGCCCUUGGCUGCCGCUUCUCCACCCACCCGAUGACGAGGGCCAAUCCCGACGACCCGUACACGUCGGGCGAUCACUUCUUCAAGGAGUCGCAGCGCCUCUUGAACCAGGAGACGGACCACCACUCGCUGACGACGAUUCAGGCCUUGGGCAUCAUGUCGAUUCGAGAAGCGAGCUGCGGUCGAGACUCGGAGAGUUGGUACUAUGCCGGCCAGAGCAUCCGGCUGGCCAUUGAGAUGGGCCUGCACCGUGUCCACUACGAGGGCGACGAGGAUGAGCUCGCCGUUCAGGCAGCGACCUUUUGGGGCGCCUUCGCACUAGAUCAUGCAUGGUCUCUGGCAACUGGCUCGCUGCCGCAGUGCUCGUGCUUCAUCCGUCUGCCACACAAGCCCGCCAUCAUCGACGACAUUGAGGCGUCUCUCUGGGUUCCCUACACGGACGAUGGCGCGCCACUGCAGCGCUCGUGCGAGCAGCCGUCCAACGUCCGGUCCGUCUACACGUGCUUCUGCGAGCUGAGCGAGCUGGUCCACCAGUCGUUGUACAUUUUACACUCGCCCCGCAAGCCGCUGACGGCGAGGGAUCUGCUAAACAUCUACACCCAAUACCUCAACUGGUACGAUCAGAUCCCCGAGGUGCUGCGCCUCGGCCACAACUUUACCCCCGCCGUCUUGUUUGCCCAUAUGUAUUACCAUUUUGCCAUCCUGCUGCUCUUCCGGCCCCUGAUCAAGCUCCGCAUCAUAGGCUCCAAGGUGCUGCCGCGGGACGUGUGUUUGCAGGCAGCAGACGCCAUCCAGAGCCUCUUGACGUCGUACUCACAGCUCUACACGCUUCAAAGGACGCCGUCGUUUGUGCCGUACUUUGUCUUGACCUCGGCCAUCAUGCACCUGGCCAUCGGGGCGUCGGCCGAGACGGACGGCACCAAGGGCGAGCCAGGAAAGGUGGAUCCGGCAGUGAUGAGGGACUCGCGGAUUGCCGAGACUCUCAAGCAGGGCAUUGCGGACCUCACGCAGAUGGCGCCGUGCCACCACUUUGCGGAGCAGGCGCUCAAUAUUCUGCGCUACUUGGCCAAGAAGUGGAGCAUCGACGUGGGCAACGAGGACAGGAACAAGCUGGCGCCCGAGGAGUACAACAAGCUGGACCGGCCGUACACGAGUAGCUUCAACUUCUUCUCGCCCAACCUGAAGACGGGGCACUUUAUACGCCGCUGGGGCACAGGGCAAGUGGUUAGUGACGGGGAGCCCGAGGUGACGGCCAAGUCGGCGGACAAUAUGGAGAAUCCGCUUUUCUGGCCGUUUCCCCUGCAAGGGAGGCCGAUGCUUCCGACGGGCAAGGAGCUGGAGCAGGCGGGGUUCGCGCUGCUCUAG